AUGCUNGUUGACCAAGAUCAAUAAUACAAUCUGUUAAUGGAAGAAGAAGAUAAAGAUACCAAAGAAAAAAAUCAAAAGUAAUAAGAAAAAUCAUCAGGGAAUUAAAAUAAGUAAACUUAGAAUAAUUGUAAAAAUAGAUAGAAUGAAUAGAAAGUGGAUGACUAACAUAAAUAAGAUAAGGAAGAAAUAUUUGAAGAUUGUUAAUGGGAAAUAAAUGAAUAAGAACUUUUAGAAAUGUAAUUAAACUAAACAACUUUGGAUUUUAAGAGCUUACAAUACGGAUAUCCUGAUUAUAAAAAAGGUACUAUCUACUUAUAAUACAAUAGCUUUAUCACCUGUCGAAUAAGUAAUAACUGAGUAAUUUUAAUAAUGUUAAUAAACAUUAAAGUCAACAAAAAAUGUGACCAAUCUUAAUCUAUGUAAGGACUAUAUGAAAUAAUUGUGUUUGAGUUCAAUUAUGGAGAUAACUCAAAUACCUUUCUUAUAGGCUGCCCCAUAACUGCUAUCAUCUUUAUAAGAUAAAUAACAUUUCAAUAGAAAUUCUUAAACCCUACUCAAAUAAGGUUAUAAGCAAACUUCUGAUGGUAAAUUUCAAGAUGCAUUGAAUACUUUUAAAUCCUUAUUAAGACAAGCAUUAUUUUAUGAGAAAAACACAGAUAUUGUGCCCAUCUGUUUUAAUUACAUUAUGGCUAUGAAUUGUGAAUUAAAUAAAAAAGAUUAAAGUGUUUCUAGACAAAUCGAAUUAGCAUGCUAUAUGGCCAUGUGUGAUUUAUAACCAAUACAUCGUUCUUUGACUUUAAGAGCAGCCAUGAGUUUGGCUUACAAGCAGAAGAACCAUUUGACUGGAGCUUAGGUAGCUAGAUAUUUGUUAAAAUUAUUGGAAAAGGCUCCAUAAGGAUCAGCUUAUGCUAAACCUGAAGUUAUAGAAAACGUUAAGAAAGUAAUCAAUUUUAAUAGUCUAGAUUUUAAAAAAUUGUGAGUAAUAAUUAAGAAAUGAAUAUCAAAUUGAUUUCGAAGAGGAUUAUUUAAUUUAAGGUUGCAAGAUAAUAUUUGCAGAUACUUUGACAAUCAAUAAGGAAUAAAGCAAUCAUUAGUGUUAGUUUGAUUAAGCAAUCCAUUCUUAAAAAGGAAAACUUUGUAAAAUUUGUGAUUUGUGUUAUAUUAAUUGA